AGUAAAGAAGAAAGUAACGGAAUGGCGAUCGCAUUUAAAUUGGCGAUCUGUGCAAUCAUUUUACUCGGUAAUGUCUUACCCAGCAAGACUCAACGGCAGUUUCAGAGUCAAUGGCAAUCACAAUUACCAAGUAAUGUCCAAGUUUUACCGCAGAAUCCCAGUUACCCCUCAUAUCCUCAUCAAAUGAGGACAUGUUCAAAGUGCCAGCAACCUAGAUACCCACAAUACAUUGCGGAAGAGGACAUCGGGAUUGACGCCAAGUUGGACGCGCCGAACUUGAUCUCAAAAUAUGGACAUCAAGUAGAGACCCAUUACGCAUUCACUACCGACGGCUACAAACUCUGCCUACAUCGAAUUCCGAAGUCUGGGGCCACACCCGUCCUAUUGGUCCAUGGCCUGAUGUCCAGCUCGGACAGUUGGGUGCAGUUCGGGCCAUCUCAGGGCCUAGCCUACAUCCUGUCUCAAAACGGCUACGACGUCUGGAUGUUGAACACUAGAGGUAACAUCUAUUCCGAGGAGCACCUGGCCGGACGCGAGAGCGACAAGGCCUUCUGGGACUUCUCCUUCCACGAGAUCGGGCAGUACGAUCUACCCGCAGCCAUCGACUUGAUUCUGCUGCAGACCAAAAUGCCGAGCAUCCAGUACAUUGGUCACUCGCAAGGAUCCACGGCCUUCUUUGUGAUGUGCAGCGAAAGGCCAGAGUAUGCCACCAAGAUCUCACUGAUGCAGUCCCUCUCGCCAUCAGUUUAUAUGGAAAAACAACGCAGUCCAGUACUCCAGUUCUUGAAAUUAUUUAGAGGUGGCUUCACAAUGUUGUUGAAUAUGCUAGGCGGCCACAAGAUCUCCGCAAGAAACAAGAUUGUUGACAUGUUCCGUCACCACAUCUGCAACAAAAUGUUGUACAGUGGCAUUUGCGCCAUCUUUGAAUUUGUGGUUUGCGGAGUUAACUUCAACAGUAUCAAUAUGACACUAUUCCCCAUUUUGCAAGGACACGCUUCGCAGGGAAGCUCCGCCAAGCAGCUCUAUCAUCUCGCCCAGAUGCAGGGCAAUUCUGUUUUCCAAAAAUACGAUUACGGCCUUAUACUGAAUAAGCUACGCUACAAUUCCAUCUUCCCCCCAAUUUACAACCUAUCCCUGGCACUCUCCAAGGUGGCACUUUACCGCGGAGAUGGCGACUGGUUGGGAUCCGAAUCGGAUGUCCUUCGGCUCGAGCAGAACCUGCCCAACUGCAUAGAAAACAGGAACAUUGGCUUCAAUGGAUUCUCUCACUUCGACUUCACGAUCUCGAAGCACGUUCGACCCUUGGUGUACGAUCGCGUAAUCGAUCUGUGCGGUUCAUAUCGUUAAUUGCUUAGAAAACUAAGUGUACUUUUACUUUACAAAUGAUAUAUUAGCAAAGCAGUUAUUCGAUUUUCUUGGCACAGA